UGAUUUGCUUCCGAUGAUGUCGGAUCUUUUCAGCAGUAUCUGAAUUGUAGAAUGCUCCAGGAAUUGAGCACCAAGACUGCUGUGCUGUGCCAACAACCCGGCCUCAAGCAUGAAGCCAUACGUACAGGUUAGAGUGGUUCCAACACCCAGCGACCACACAUCAAACACACACAAAGGAAACGAAGACUUCAUGUUUGCCACGACAAAAGAACAGUUGAGUACGUUGUGCCACGUAAAAUCAGCUGUCCCGAUCCUGGCUCGUGUGACGCUUCCCCUGAAAACCUGGUGAAAAAGGCGAAUGGCGGCCUAGAAUAUCUAGACUCGGUAGCCAGUGGACUUCCCGUUCGGGGAGGUUGAGCGACCGCAUCGGGGUCCCUAACCACCUGAAACCCAAACGGGGCACCACCGCUGUCUGCCUGUAACUCUGUAUAUAGCCCGGGACCGGACAUCAGCAGAGCCACCGGCCGGCCCCUUGUCGUUGUCGUGGUGGAGGCCGGAACGAUCGAUCGACCACGCGACACCGUUCAUGUCGAAGAGGACGGUGCUGCGGGUGGACACCUCCUGCGCCAAGUGCAAGCGCAAGGUCCUCCUCGCCGUCUCCGGCCUCCAAGGCGUGGACAAGAUCGAGGUCGACUCGGAGAAGGGCACGAUGACGGUCACCGGCGGCGUCGACCCGGUGCACGUGGUGGAGGCCACCAGGAGGAAGGCCGGGAAGCGCGCCGACGUCCUCACCAUCGGCCCGCCGCCGCCGCCCGCGUCCAAGCCGGAGGAGAAGAAGAAACCCGAGCAGCACUGGGAGCCGGAGAAGAGGCACGCGGCGGCGGAGAGGAGCGCGCCUGAGCCGCCGGUGACCGUGUACGUGCACCACGUCCCCGUGCCGCCGCCGUCGUGGCCCGCGUACGAGCAGUGCGCCGUCGUGCCCUACCACUACCAGCAGCAGGACCCCUGCUCCAUCAUGUAGCUAGCUAGCUAGUUGAUCAUCUCUUCGUGUCAUUGUUAUUUGAAUCGUGGUACUACUAAUUCGUAGGCAAUUCAACCCCGGAUCGACACCUGUGAUGCACUAGCUAGCAUUCCACAAUGGUUUUCCUUGGAGAGAAUUAGCUGAACUCUCUGAAUAAAUAUAUACCUAAUGUUAUGGAAA